AUGCCAAAUUUGGCAAUUUGGGUCGGCGACUCGGUAACAAAUGUGCAAAUGGCGCUUUAUUGUGCUGUGUGUGUGGAACUUACAUUCCGUGCUAUUGUUGUGGUAGUGCACCAUGUGGACGGCCACUUGACUGCUAAAGCAAAAAAUCAAAUUGCGUUUCUCGCGUCUAAGGAAGACGAGAGCGACACAUCAUCUAAGUACGGCCCCGAAACUACUUUGGUGCUGCAGAAUGUUACUACCAGCGAGCUUUGGGAGCAGUUCAAUCGCACUUUCGAUGCUGCUCGUUGCGAAGACGUAUUCAAGGCUUUUCAGGGUCGAAUUUGGAAGGAUCUGAUUUACAGCUGCUGCCUCAAUGUUGUCGAAAAUGGAGUCAAGCUGUAUAAGAUUCGGAUGUCUGAAGGACUGGGCACCAUCAUCAACACGCCAGACCUCAAGGGAGUGACGCAGGCACUUUCUCCUGCCAAAAAAGUCGAGAAUUAG